UCACCGUUUCCCUAAGCCCAACCCAUCCUGUCCUCGCAUCGACCAUCAACUUCAGCACAUUUAUGACUUUACUGCCCGGCCCUCCAGUUCAUUUAGACAGCCCCAGCUUUAAGGGGAUGGCCAUGUGCUUCCUGACACGCUGAAUUAUUCUGAAUCAUUUCACUUAAGGGCCCAGAUGCUACCUGUCUGUUGCCCUCCGCUGAGAGGGCAAUUAAGGCAGCCUGGUGCCUGCUAAAUGCCCCCUACUUCUGCAUGAGCAGAUGCGUCUCCUUAUCUGCAUCUCUGUCAUGAUGUCGUGUGCACCUCGCCCCCUUCGUGCCCACAUGCAUCAGCACCUUUGUGGCCAACGCCUCUUUUUUUUUUUCCUUCUUUUUUUUUUUUGCUUGUCUCAGAGAUGUUGCCCAUGUCUCAGAGCGGAGUCUGAACAUGACGGAGGGAGAAACCUGGCACUACAGCAGCUCUCUUGCCAGCUUGGAAAAAGUAAAUUGCUGCUACGAAUGGAGAAUCUGUCUUUUAAAAGAUGUGGUUUAUAAGCGGAGAAGGCACGAGGAAGACUAUUUGGCAAAUAAUCGGUUUGUUUGGCUGUUUUAGUCGAGACUUUCCUGUCAAUUUAUCCUUGUCGUGGUAAACGGGAGGCGGUGCUAUCUUGGUGCUGGACUUCCCAUGUCUCUCAGCUGUGUCCUAAACUGAAGAGAUGCAGGUGUCUUUCAAGGAGUGCUUCGCUAUCUCCGUCAACAUCUUCACCUUUCUGCUGGGCCUUCCCGCCAACCUACUGGUCCUGUUCGUGUAUGUGCGCAAGGCCUGCAAGCGCGGCGCCACACCAAAUGUGGUCUACGCCCUGAACCUGUGCCUGGCCAACCUGGUGCUUGUGGUCUGGCUGCCAGUCAAGGCUACGGAGACUUUGCUUCAGGACUGGACGCUGCCAACAUCCAUCUGCCCCAUCUACAGCUUCUUCCUCUUCUCCUCGCUGUACGGCAGCUGUCUGUUCAUCACCGCUGUGACGGUGGGGCGCUACCUCAGCAUCGCAUUCCCAAUUAUCUACAAGAGAUACCGCCGUGCUCGACUCUCUUGCUUCAUCAGCGUUGCCUUGUGGGCCUUGGUGCUCUUUCACCUCAGUUUCGCCCUGGUGGCUGAAGGAGGGGCUCACUUUGUCUCCAAUGAGGGUGAAGCCUCAGCCUGCUACGACCACUUCAACGCCUCCCAGCUGGCUGUUCUGCUGCCUCUACGGCUGGAGAUGGCCAUCGUCUUGUUUCUUUUGCCUCUGAUUGUGACGUCCUUUUGCACGCUGCGCUGCGUUACCCUGGUGUGGCACUCAAAUUUGCGCCCUAUGGGAAAGAGAAGAGUCCUGACUGUUGCGCUCACCACGCUGGCUGUGUUUGUGGUGUGCAAUGCACCCUACAAUGCCUCGCACAUUGUGGGGUUUGUGUUGAACGACAACGUCAGUUGGAGGACGUACGCUAUUCUGACAAGCUCCUUUAAUGUUUUCCUGGAGCCCGUGGUGAUGCUGAUGCUGUCGCCAGCAGUGUCGAGGGGAAUCAUGGGAAGAAUGUGUGGACGGCAAAGCCAGUUCAGCCGGAUUGAGGGGUUGCGGCAUCAAUGUAAAAGCGCUAACGGUGUUGCAAAUGUCAGGGCACCGCCUACGCUAUCGGAGAAGAGCCAGGCGGAGGCCGAGGUGACUAAAGAAAGUCAGGAGUGAGAUCACAGUGGGUGGAGAGUAAUCGUGACAAAUCCAAAAGGAGAAAAAAAACAGAAACAUUCGUGGACAGUCUCAUAGAAGCUGUUUGAGUGUGCCUUCAAACAGACCCAGAAUAUCCACUGCUGUAUGGCUCUUUAGCUCCUCCUAACAGACCCACCAAUAAAUGAUCUUGAUCAGGGGUUCUCAAACUUUUUCCAGUAAUCUUGAACUAUUUUUUAAAAGUAGAAAGUUCCCUCUGACUGGCUCAAAACAUUUAUGGUUGAUAUGGUCUUGAAUAAAAGAGGUACAAUACAGCCCAACCUUGUAACUGAAAACUACUUCAAAACGCUUCAUUUCAAAUGUUUUGAAUUCAUGGAAAAACAAUGUUUUUGUCAUCACGCAGUAACACUGAGAUGGAAAUUAACUGGUUUUGAUAAAUUGCACUUUUAUGUAUUUGUUGCACACUUUAAUGAGAAAUAUGGGCUUGUGUCAGAUUCAUUAAUUCUCAGUGGCAGGGAGGCAACUGCACUGAUCAAAGUCUUUCCCAGAGGUUUUAGGGCCGUUUAUGGACACGACUGCAUUGUAAAAUGUGAAUGUUGAAUAUAAAAUGUGGUUUAUUGAACUGACAUUUACAUUUAUUAUUUAACUUCUUAUAGAAGAAGUAUAGUAUAUUAUCUCACCUCGCAGUACUUCAAAGUACAACUCGGAGUACAUGUUCCCGUUUGAGAAACACUGAUCCAGAUAAUGUCUCUUCAAGUCAUUUCAGGGCAGAAUGGUUUAAUCAAAGCUAUAUCGCACCGUAUCAUCAGACCACAACUUCCUCUUUUUUCUUCAUAUCAGACGUUUCUAAAGAAAAAAGAUGAUGAAGAUGAUGACAAAAGCAGUUUUUUUGUAUCCCAAUGUAAUAUCAGUGGUUUUGCUGAUGUUUCACACACUGUGAACUGCUGAAGGUUUUGGUAACUAUCAGCAGACCUGGAAAUCUGGAAGUUUAUUGGUCAAGGAAACUGCACAUCUGUGAAAUGCACAUCUUUUUCAAACUCCAUAAUUCAACAAGUCAGUGAUGAACUUUAUGUGAGACGGUUAGUUUGGUGGCAAAUGGCUCCAUCUGGUGUCUGAAUGUUCUGGAAAGCUUAUGUAUAAUAAAUAAAUAAUCUCCUGUAGAGUGUUUUUAGACAAGCUGACCUGUGAGCAGAUUGUUCCUGUGGCAUAUUUCUGGACUUAAAAUCACAGAAUUAUAUUAUAUAUAGUACUAUAUACUAUACUAAAACUAAUUAUUGCUGCACUUUAAAAAGGGCCUUGGCUCAAUUGUCUCACUGGCACACCUGAAUGUGUUCGUAAUUGCACCUUUUUCUGCUAUAAUGAGUCAAAACUGGUCCACUGAGGCAAAAAGGUUCAUCAUCAAUCUGAUGUCUGAAGUUAAUUAAACAUUUAUUAUUAUUAUUAUUAUGUUUGUGCAUUAAUUGAUUGGUUUGUGAAUAUGUUGAUUUGUUUUCUCACUUAAGUCUGUUUACUAGUAAAAAUGUCCUUCAAAAUAAAGUAAUAUGUUUACAAGUGUAUUGUGUCUUUAAAAAAAUAAAGAAACAUGUUAGAAGACUUUUAA